AUGGGGGAAGCCGCGAGCCGUUUCACCUCACCAGCACCUCUGAAUCCUCAGAAGCUGACGCCGAAGCAGCUGCAGCAGCUGCUAAGCCACUUUGGCCUUAAUGAGCUGUCGCCGUCGAAGGCACGCAUCUCUUUGCUCGGUUUUGUCCGAGCUUUCCCCGGAGUACUACAGGGUCACGCGAUGCUGCUGCUGCCGACGUUGAAGGAAAUAGCGCGGCAGCAGCAGGUGCACCCUCACCCCCAUGGGGUGUCCUUUGCCAUUCUAAGCAACAGCAGCUUGGCGCCUGACAGCGGUGUUUCGACAAGCAUUAUGGGCAAUCGCUGCACCCGCGCUAACAAGAAGCAGCUGGAGGCCCUGAAGACAGCAAACAGCAUUGCCUUGCAGGAAGUCAUUGACUCUAUCUCUUCCUGCUGCUCAGGAGAAGCUCCGGAGACCGAAGUGCUUCUUACUGAGAGAAUGCUGGGGAGGAUAGCCAGGAGCUUCCAGCCCCGCAGUCUGUUGACGGAGGAAAAUGAGCAUGUCCGUCAUUCUCUGGAGUCUAUUGGGGGGUUUUCUCUUGAUCCUCGAAGAGGAUCCUUACAACGCAGCGCGAGCGGCAGCGUCAGCAGCAGCAGCAGCCGCCGGAGCAUCACGUAUGUAUCGUUGGGCUGCAGCACGCGCGCUUGUGUUGCACUAAUGCAAAUACUGCAGUACGGUUAUCUGGAAAUGAUGUAUUUGAUAAACCCUAAAAGCCCGGUCUUCCAGGACAAAGUGGCUCGCACAACGAGUGGCUUGAGUUGCAAUCAAGCCCAAGAAAUACAGACCAAGGGUGUUAAUGCCCGUGGUGUCCACACGGCUUCGGCGUGGGAUGCGGCGCCUGCGCUGAAAUUGAUGUUCCCGGAGGAGUUGAACUUCACGUUUGCCGUGAGAGCAAUGGCUUCAGCCUUUGCAGAGGCCAUUGCUCCCACAGGUAUUCACGCCGCCACUUCCACCGCAGCUGCAGUGGCUGCUGCGGCCGUAGCAGUAACGCAGAUGCCUGGGCAGUGCUCUAUUGGCAAUGGCACCGGCAGUGGCACCCGCAGAGGGACUAGUAGCACGGAGCUGGCUGCCCAAGCUUCUGGAGCUAUUCUUCAUGCCAGCUCAGGAACCAUCGGCAGUGGUGGCCUGCGCAAUGAGGUCUUCGCCGUGCUCUCGUGGAUUAGGGCGGCGUUGCCGGUGCUUCCGGCGCUGUGCACUCUCGGAGUUGCAGCGCACCUGCUGGGCGAUACUGUGUUCGACGGCCAGCCGCAGCCUGAGAGAAAUGAUUCUAGCGCGAUAGAUGUGCAGUAUACUGUUUACGCAGCUCGUCGUAGACAUGAAGGCCAUUCAUCGAUUAGGGAGUCGACUAGGGGUACAGCGGACUCAAGUUCAUUUGGGCGGGGGGUGUCGAAGUCUCCGGCAUGGAAACGCAGCACUAGCGCAGAGGCGAUAUCUGAGGAAACGAAGGGAUGGCACGGCCAAGGAACGCUAGAUGCGAGGAGCAGAUGCUUCACUGACGAGCAUGCCUUCGUGCUGCGCAUGACGUCGACCAUGUUCCCUUUUCCCCCGAAGGCUCCAUGGACGUGCCUUUAUGCAUCUUGGAAGCACGGCAAGUUGGCACUAAAGGACGCUCAUGUUCGCUUUCUACCGUUUGGAAACUACAAGUGA